CAACAACGGAAAACUAAACCCGUAUUUAUUCACAAACAUAUAGUCUGCUGAGAGAAUUCAUAUUUGAACUCAAAAAAACUUUCAACAAAAACCAACUAUAAUGGGUUCCACGCCUAAUCAUACCCAAAAACCACAUGCUGUAUUUGUACCAUUUCCAGCACAGGGUCAUGUGAAUCCUUCCAUGCAACUAGCCAAACUCUUCCGCUGCAAUGGUUUCCACAUAACCUUUGUGAACAACGAGUUUAAUCACAAACGUUUGAUAAAAUCUCUUGGAGAAGAGUUUGUGAAAGGUCUCCCAGAUUUUCAAUUUGAGACCAUACCUGAUGGCUUACCAGUAUCAGAUAAGGAUGCAACACAAGAUAUUCCAGCGUUGUGUGACGCAACUAGGAAAAACUGUUAUGGUCCAUUCAAAGAGCUUGUCAUUAAACUCAACACUUCAUCACCAUAUCCAGUUACUUGCAUAAUUGCUGAUGGAACCUUUGGAUUUGCUGGGAGAGUGGCUAGAGAUUUAGGGAUUCCAGAGUUACAGUUGUGGACAGCUUCUGCUUGUGGCUUUGUUGGAUAUUUGCAGUUUGAGGAACUUGUCAAGAGAGAAAUUCUUCCAUUCAAAGAUGAAAAUUUCAAUGUCGAUGGCACAUUGGAUACAAGUUUAGAUUGGAUCACAGGAAUGAAAGAUAUCAGACUAAAAGAUCUUCCAAGUUUCAUAAGAGUCACUGAUCUAAAUGAUAUUAUGUUCGAUUUUUUGGGUUCUGAGGCACAAAAUUGUUUGAAAUCAUCAGCAAUCAUCAUUAAUACAUUUGAAGAAUUGGAAGGUGAAGCUCUUAACAAUCUCAAGGCCAAAAACCCAAACAUAUAUAGCAUUGGGCCAAUUAACACUCUUGGUAGGCAUUUUCCCAAACAAGAUAAUGGUUUUAAAGCAAGUGGUUCAAAUUUUUGGAAAAGUGAUUCAGAAUGCAUAAAAUGGUUGAAUAAUUGGGAACCUUGCUCAGUAUUAUAUAUUAAUUAUGGAAGUAUAACCGUUAUGACAGAUCAUCACUUGAAUGAGUUUGCAUGGGGUAUAGCAAACUCCAAGUUACCAUUUUUAUGGAUAAUGAGACCUGAUAUUGUAAUGGGUGAAAGUACUACUUUGCCACAAGAGUUCUUAGAUGAAGUUAAGGAUAGAGGAUACAUAACUAGUUGGUGCUUUCAAGAUCAAGUUCUUGCUCAUCCAUCAGUUGGGGGAUUUCUAACUCAUUGCGGUUGGAAUUCGACACUUGAAGCUAUUACUUAUGGUGUGCCCACUAUUUGUUGGCCCUUCUUUGCUGAACAACAGACAAAUUGUAGGUAUUUAUGCAACAUUUGGAAAAUAGGAAUGGAAAUCAACCACGAUGUGAAAAGGGAAGAGAUAACAAAUCUUGUCAUAGAAUUGAUGGAAGGACAAAAGGGAAAAGAAAUGAGACAAAAGAGUUUAGAGUGGAAGAAGAAAACUAGAAUUGCUACUGAUUUUGGAGGAUCGUCAUACAAAAAUUUUCAUAAAUUAAUCAAAGAGAUUCUUCAUCAAAAUGCUAUUUGAGUGCUACUAUAUUGAGUUUAAUAUAAAAAACAUGGUGGUCUAUUACUUUUAAUCAAAACACUUUUUAUUUAAGCUUUAGUUAAUGUAAUUUGUCUCUUCUAAAUUUUGUGUUAUCAUGUAUUAAUGUUGGGAGUUAGUGUAUUUUUCAUUCAUAAUGUUACAAUUGUAUCACCAAGACAUUCAAAUGUUGUGGUUCAUUUAUUGAGAAGGAUGACUGUAACUAAUGUUGUUUUUUUUAUUCAAUUGUCUUAGAAAUAUAAUAAUUUUGCUUUGUAAAAUACUUAUAAUUUCAUAAAUAAUAG